AUGUUACCUGGUAUCGGAGUCUUUGGAACAGGCGCUAUAGCUAAAGUUUUAGUGCCUUUCCUGAAGGAGAAGGGGUUCGCUGUUGAAGCAAUUUGGGGAGUGACACUUCAUGAAGCCGAAUCAGCAGCGAAAGAACUCAAGAUCCCUUUCUUUACGAAUAAAAUAGACGACGUGUUGUUAAAAAAAAAUGUUAAUUUGGUAUUCAUAGUCUGUGCCCCGAAUCUCCACGCUCAAAUAUCAGUGAAAGCUCUCGGAAUCGGAAAACAUGUAGUCUGUGAUAAACCUGCAGGUCUUUGUCAAGCUGAGGCUCUAAAAAUGGUGAGAGCAGCACAGUACUAUCCAACCCUUAUAUCUAUUAUCAAUCACUCUCUCAGAUUCUUGCCAGCCUUCAGUCACAUGAGAAAGCAUAUUCAGGAUGGUUACCUGGGCAACCCUGACGAGCUGACACUUGUAGAUGUGCGUGUACAAAUGGGAUCUCUGCUAGGUGAAACAUAUAACUGGUUGUGUGAUGAUACAAUGGGUGGGGGAACCCUCACAUUGGUUGGCAGCCAUGUCAUAGACUUAGUAUCAUUCCUUACUGGACAAAAGGUUGUAAAAGUACAAGGCGUGUUGCGAACAUUUGUAGACGAGACAUUGAAAGUAAAUGGCAUUAGAAAAAUUACUGCACCAGAUUUCUGUACAUUCCAAUUGCAAAUGGACAAAGGCCUUUUAGUCACAGCUACACUUAAUAAUCAUCUACCUGGCCCAUGUUUCAAUCAAGAGAUUUAUGUAUGUAGUAAAAAAGGCUAUUUAGUAGUUCGAGGUGGCGAUUUGCAUGGCAGAUUACAUAAGUCAAAUUUAACAAAAAUUGAUGAUGAUGGGAAAAGAGGACAUGAUAAGGAAGAUGUUAUUUAUGUAGAUGUUGAGGAUCUGAGUUGUGCUUCAAGUGUUGUUCCUAAACCUUAUGUAAAAGGUUUAUGCAAGAUGAUAAGUGCACUGAAGGAGGCAUUUUUGCCUGUUAAAGAGCAAAUGGACUGGGUGAAGGAACCAGUGAGAGCUGCAGCUACAUUUGAGGAUGGGCAGAGGGUGCAAGCUACUAUGGAAGCUCUUCGCCAGUCUAAUGAAGAUGGCUGUUGGACUUCAGUCCAACUUCUCACUGAGCCCCCUGACCCAAACCCAGCAUUGUCUGCUGCAGUCAGGCGAACUGCCAUAUCUUUACAAUAAUUUAAGUAUUUUUUAAAAUAAUUUUAUCAGUAUGCCAUGUGUUGAUGUACCUUUUAUUAUUAGAUUAAUUUUGUUUUAUUUGAUAUGUGACUAACUUUUAAUUUGAGAGUGAUAGUAACUUAAAAUGAUAAUUAUAACAAAGCUAUUUUCAAAUUAUUCAUUACAAUAAAUAGUAUAUUUUUAAUUAGCACAGUAUAUUAACUAUAUUUUUGCUGAUUUCUUAUUCUCGCAUUAUAAUACUGCCCAUUGUAUGAGAGUCCUUUGUAAAAUGUGAAAAAAAAGCAACUUGCUAUGAGUUUUUAUUGAUGGAGAGUUCAAAAUUGAUUAAGGUUAUGCAUUCUGUAUAUAGUACAGCAUUAUGUGGUAUGAAGUGUAUUUUUAACAAUUUUGCUGCCUAGAGUACAUCAGAAAAUAGCUAUCUAUAUUCUAUAUAAUAUGCAAUAUACUGCACAUGGGAGCAAGAACACAGUCCCAGGAAACUUUUACAAUGGUUUUUAUGAUGGAAAUGUUUGUGUUAUAGGUUUUACUGACUUCAAAGUGUUAUUGUAUAGGUUAGGUUAAGAUAUAUGUAUAUAUAAGAACCCAUAACACCAGAUCAGUAUUAAACAUAAAAGCUAGCAGCUGCAUAUUUUUGUUCCCAACUGAAUAUAC